CUCUGAAACUUGCAGAACACUUCCGAUUUAGUCAGUCACCAUGAACAAGAAUACUUGUACUCUUCAUGGGAGGAGUAAAAGUAUUUCAGAAGAAGUACUCCAUCACUGUAGUGAGGAGGAAGAGUCUUUCCAAGCAAUGGAGCCCUAUCUCGUUCGGAGAUUAUCGUCCCGUAACAUCCAGCUUCCCCCUUUAGCUUUCAGGCAGCUAGAACAAGCUGAUUGGGAUAAAAAGAAUGACACUGAGACCAUGCCACGGCCCACAACUCUUCCACUGAGGAUUCCUCCUGUGAUUGCCAUUACAUCAGCAGAGUCCAGCAGCCAGUAUUACUUGCAGGAGGGAGAGAGCUUACUCAUCGGGGAAGAUGGCAGACCGGGCGAUGAUUUCAAGUCGGGGAACAGCCGAUUUCUGGACCUGAUAUGCCAAAGAUUGAAAGUAGGGUGGUGGGAGGAGGAGUUUAGGGAGUAG